CUGCGUGCACAGCAGUGGGCGCUGGGAGCGUCCGCCCGGAGUCACCCUCACCCUCAGCGGAGUCCACGGGUGCCCCGCGUUCUCGCCAGGGCCCGCCCCGCAGUGCUUACAGCUCUUUUUGAAUUUGUCCAGCAGGUCUUCCGGCUCGCCCCGGAAGGCCCUCCCCAAACCGCGAGUUCAUGGCAACAAUAGAACCACUUAGAGCGCGCGCGGGCGUUAUUCUCCCUGCUCGUUACAGCGUCACGCCCCCGAGUGUUCCCAGUUCCUCGGGGUUCCGUGGGGUGCUCUGGGGGGCGCCCGAGGAACUUCCGGCUGCGGCUGGCUCUCCCCCCGCCCCGACUACCCCGGGGAACCGGUCGGCGGCCUCCCUCUCUUCCCGGCAUUUCCUAGGUCUUGCCGUCCGUGCUGCUCCCGUGGCGCUAUGGCGUCCGCCUCGGCCCAGGCUGCGGCCCUGAGCGCCGAACAGGCCAAGGUGGUCCUGGCCGAGGUGAUCCAGGCGUUCGCGGCCCCCGAGAACGCCGUGCGCAUGGACGAGGCUCGGGACAACGCGUGCAACGACAUGGGCAAGAUGCUGCAGUUCGUGCUGCCCGUGGCCACGCAGAUUCAGCAGGAGGUCAUCAAGGCCUAUGGCUUCAGCUGCGACGGGGAAGGUGUCCUGAAGUUUGCCCGCUUGGUCAAGUCUUACGAAGCCCAGGAUCCUGAGAUUGCCAGCCUGUCGGGCAAGCUGAAGGCACUGUUCCUGCCGCCUAUGACACUGCCACCCCACGGGCCUGCUUCCGGUGGCAGCGUAGCCGCCUCCUGAGAGUUGGCCUCCCCUCCCCGUGACAUUGCCUGGGAAGGGAAGAUCUCCAUGUCUCGGUGGAUAAUAAACAUGCCUGUGACUUC